AUGCUGGAUUACCUUCGAAAUCUACGCGCGAGUUGCCGUCGACAGGCAAAGCUCGUAGCUCCUGCCCGACGAGCGACAAGUCGUCCGAACCACGAUACUAGUGUACUACCCAACAUCACGGAAACCUCGCAAGCAGUCGUACCCCGACCUCCCGAAUCACCUUUGCGCUCGAGACCUGAAGAACCGGGUUGCUUGCUUCCAAAUCUCAGCGCACAUGUGUACGAACCCAUUGAUUCGGAAAACGGGGAGAUUCGUUUAGUCGAGCUACUGCCUGGGUGCUACGACGAUGUAAUUCAGUUGAACCUCCACAUGAAGAACCUUAGCGACAAACCCAGUUACGAAGCCCUGUCAUAUGCGUGGGGCACCACGCCCAGCUCGAACCGAGCGAUCAUCAACGGCUGUCUAAUACCAGUGCGGGAAAGCCUUGAUCAGGGACUCAGACGCCUUCGACUCGGGGAUCAGCCUCGGACGCUAUGGAUAGAUGCGCUAUGCAUCAAUCAGAGUGAUGUGCGUGAGAGAUCGCAUCAGGUUCAGCAGAUGUGCAGGAUUUACAAGUCUGCGCAGCAGGUGGUGGUGUGGCUGGGCGAAUGGCCGGAUGUCGAUACUUGCCUAGACCCCGAGGAAUGCCAGAGAUUGUGGUUACGAAACCUGGAUGACUGGUCACUUCUGUCGACAAGGCGCGUGACCCCAUCGAAACAGAAGAGGAAGGCUAUUUCGAUGCAACUGACACCAGUUUCUGAGCAUCUCUGUCAGCAUGUUGUGGAGAUUAGUAAACUACCCUGGUUCCGGCGCCUUUGGAUCAUCCAAGAGUUCAUUUUGUCCUUCAUUCACCCAAAAGUAUUACUUGGGAAUUACGUCACAAGCUCUGCCAAUUUCUUUGCUGCCAUUACGAGAUGCCUGGAGAUCAUGUUGCGAAUCUCAGCCUCACCCGAAUCCGAGCGCAGACAAGUAAAGCAACUAUACACACAUCUGACCAUGCUUCAAGAUCUCGCUCAAUGCUUCCAUGCAUAUAGUGGAAUCAGUUUGUAUACGACCUUGAUGAUGACGCGAUACGCUAUGGCAACGGACCCGCGAGAUAGAAUUUACGGUCUGCUUGGGAUCAUCAAAUAUCGCGUGGCUGAGCCCAUAGUGCCGGAUUACUCGAAGGGUUGGCCACAAGUCCUCGCCGAAGCCACCAUAGUGAUGAUCGCAGAAGAUGGUCUUUUCCCUUACAUGAAUGGUGGUUUUGCUUUUCCUCUUGUCGAUGGCUCCCAAGAACGUUAUCGCACAUCUUCGUGGGUACUGGACCUCUCCCAAUUAACCCAUGAUAACGAUGAGUUCAGUCGCAUGAGCAAUCGCAUAAACAACGAAUCACACAGAUUGAUUUCAGAGGGGGUUGAGCGCAGACGAAAGUCACUACGUCUGUCGAACGAUUCCCGAACUCUUUAUAAACAUGGAUUGUAUAUUGGAACCAUCAUAGGAACUUACACUUUUACAGCAAACACUGGCAUCUUCGGCCUCUGGUCUGGGGUUACUGCCAUAGAUCCGGCGGCUGGACUGCACGACUUCUACCAUGAGGUCUUGCAGCCAAAAGGUAUCACACCAAAGUGUCUACUCGAGGCGCUUGAUGCGAAGUUGAUCUACCACGGCAGUCUUGCAGAAUUUACCUCCUCCCUAUCAGGCCACAGAGAUGAAUUCGUGCCUGUGUUCAGGGCUCAUGACUUGGAUCGACACAAGUUCGCAGUGUUUCUCACGGACAGAGGAGAUGUUGGACUCACAUGGCUUCAUAACACUGUCGACAUUCGAGCAGAUGAUAUACUCGUCGCGCUUUUUGAACGUCAGAUGCCUUUCGUCUUACGACCAAUCCCAGGACAUUUAGGUUUAAAAACCUAUCGAAUGGUCAAUGUGGCUUAUAUAACAGAACGCAGCCGUGAAUAUGUCCACUAUAUGGACGGUCAUAUGCAAAAGAAGUUCAACGAAGAUCCGCACGACUGGGUCUUUGAUGCAGCAGAGGGCUGUGCCGAGUAUGCUAUCGUUUAG